CGAGAGGUGGAUCUCGUUUUUCAUAAGGCGUAAAUCAAUAAUCGGAUAAUUCAAGUCUUAAAGUCACAAGUUAAUUGAAAGAAAGAUAAAUAAGUCAAUAUUUUUCGUGUAUCUAAAUCACAUGUUUGUUUAAUCUUUCCUCGACAUUCCAAUGCUACAUUAUUUCGGUGUAGCGGACCGCGGAGGAAAAAAAUGAAUCAAUUGAGUUGUUCGGCCAUAUUGUAUUUGUUCCGCCAUUAGAAAGAGUGGUUGUGUUUUGACUCUACUUCGAUAUGGAUUCCUGUUUAUGUUAUGUGUGAUUUGGGGUUAUGUAUACCUUUCCCAGUAUCUAUUGACUAUUCCAUGUCAAUUAAUGAGGAUGACUUUUGUCUCCUGACAAAAAUAUAUCGAUGGAGGGCGAUCAAAGAAAACAACAGCGCUUCACAAAACGCCGCGAAAGAGUGCACAGCAAGUUAGACCCGGACGGGGGCAAGGAUGAAAUGGACAGUUCUCCCUCUCGGUCGGAUGGGGACAAACCCAGGGCCAAGCCACCCCGACGCCGGAGGAACCGAUCUCACUCUCAUGACGAGGAUAUCAUCGAUGGAUUCGCCAUCCUCAGUUUUAAAUCUUUAGAAGAUUUAAACAACUUGAUGAAACCCUCCAAAACCAUUGAACUCAAAAACCAGAAGAAUGAUUUUGUUAAAAGAAAGAAAAAGAAGAAGAGAAUAAAGCCUUGCAGACCUUUGUCGCCAGCCUUAAACCACCAAUUCAGUGACAACUCCUCUGCACGCAGUCCCUAUAGCGACAGGACGGAAGAAUUCUCCGACCAAAGGUCCGGAUCUCGUGAUGGGGGACUGAGUGAUGUGAGCACCCAUUCAAGUUCUGGGAGAGGAUAUUUGUGUGACAGUGAAAGUGGAGAUGAACGGGCAUCCAACGCAAGUUCAGAUUUAUUUUCAACAUUGAACCAUAAUCGAGAAUGUCCAGCCCCCUCCACUACUUCCUGCAGCAGUCCAUGCUCUACACCAAUAACAUCCACUGUAUCAUCACAGACAGAUAGUGGCAUCACCACAGCAACGGUUACCACAACAUCUGCUGUCAGUGCAUACACCACCGCGACGGAAACCAACCCAACAGCUUCUACUACCACCACUACCAGUUGUACUAUUGUAACCAAGACAACCAACUCAUCUGUGAUAGCAAACGGACCUUUGACCACUUCCAAAGAAAAACCAGCAUCACCUGUAUCAGUUGAAUCUAGGUCGCCACAUCUAAAGAAACCAUUUCCCAGGGCCUCUAGUGACACCCUACUUCAUAAGGACCAACACAAGUUUUCUCCAUCUCCUAUUCGAACUCCGCGAAGAGAGGAAGCUAGAAGUGAUAAAGACUUCCCCCUGCCACCAAGUUUCGGAUUUUCCAAACCCUGGCACAGUGGCAGUACCUCUCAUCUGCACAGUGCUUAUACCCCAGUGUCUCACUCCCCAGGAUUACCUCAGUUUGGUCUGCAUUCCAGUGCCACCAGUCACGGAUCCUUCCCCAAUCUACCUCCCAGUCCUCUCCACAAUCUCCUCCCUCCCCCAGGGCCUCAAAGUAUGUUCGCAGCUCCCCUGCCUCCAGGAGCUGCCAAUGGGUCUUUGACGUCACCACACACAUUAGGAGGAGCCAAUUUGUCGGCACAUGCUUCCCCGGAGUCCAUGUCCCUCGCUAGUCAAGAAAUUCUGCGUGAGGAACUGAAUCGACGAUUUUUGGCUGCCCAAGAGAGGUCGGGUCUGCCAGUACUUGGCUCGACGCCGUACGUCCGUGCAGAUAUCCACCAACAUCAACACAUGCAUCAGCACCAACAUCAACAUACUCAUCAACACAUGUUUGCCCUGCCAGGCCUCACUGGGUCUUUGGUCCCCUCCCCAGCCCCUCAUUUAUAUGACAAGGUCCCGAAACCAUUUGAGUCAUCGUUUUAUAGAGCCACCCCCGGCUUAUUGGGGUAUCCAAUGGUACCACCUCUCAUUCACUCGGGAAAUUCCCUUAAUUCUGGCUCAUCGGGAGCUUUUCAACCAAAGAAAGUAGCCGGUGGCCUGUUACACCCCAGUCAGAUGAUCCCAGCCCUGAGAGAACAGGACAAAGUUCCUCCUACAGCAGCUUCCCUGCCCCACCACAAAAAAAGUGGUAAGUGGUGCACCAUGCAUGUUCAGAUUGCCUGGAAGAUCCACCACCAUCAGCAAGAAAGUGGUGAAGUCUCAAAAGGAGGGGAAGGGAAGAGUCUGGAUCUCCUCCAAUCGCGAAAUCUCUCUGGCAGUAGUCUCCACAGACCUACUGAUCUUUCCAGCAGUAGUCUCCACAGACCCACCGAUCUCUCAGCAUCAUCAUCACUUCUAGGUAUGAGCUCAUUCCCAAGACCCUCACCUUACCCAUUCCCUGGUCAAGAUGGCUUUGGUGGACUAGGUAAGGGUGCAAAUCCUUUUGGCACACCUGGUAGGGAAAUGCCAAAAAUUCCAGGCAUAGCCUCUCCACAGGAAUGGAGCCGCCUACAUAGAUCCUCCCCUUUGUUUUCUGGAUCUCACUGGUCCAAACCAGAUGAAAGGGAAAGGGAGCUAGAAAAAGAAAAGGAAAAAGAGAAAGAAAGGGAAGUGUUGCUAGGACUCGAUAGAAGGAGGGAAGAAAGGGAAAGAGAAAGGAGGCCCAGUGACAGAGAACGUCGGGGUAGUGUGGAUUUAGAUCAAUCCAAGGACAGGCCAUUUCAUGGUGGAGAUGUGCGACAUCCUCACACCAUCUCUCAUUCAAGGUCACGUUCAAGGUCACCACUAGUGGGAGGUAGAGUUGGCUCUGCCAAGUCUGAUGUUAGUUACAGUCGUGAUGAAAAAGACAUCAUAAAAGUGAAAGAAGAAAAACCAGAUAAUCUGGAAACUUCUUUAAUGGAGAGAGACAGAGACAAAUUCCGACCAGAUUAUUUACUUGGUGCAUCUAAUUUAAUGGACCGUUCUAGGCUCCUAGGGGGGCCUUCCCCUUUUCCAUUUGGUGCAGAAAGAAUUCCCCCUUCUUCGAGUUUGUGGGGACCCCAAGAAAAAAGUUUAAUGGACUUCAGUUACCAAAGUCUCCAGAUUCAGAGAGAAAUGGAACAAGAGCGGGAACGAAUGCUGAGUCGUCUGCAGCCACCAAGUGUGGGUCUUUAUGACCCUGAAAGAGUUCGCAAAGAUGAAAUUCUCAUGCAGGAAGAAAGAUUUAGGAGAGAGUACUUUGAACGCUUACCACAGUUUGAAAGAGAACGUUUUGAGAGGGAAAAGUUAGCCAUGGAAUCCAAUAGGCUCGGUCAUUCUAGACAUUUUGAACAACUUAGGCAUGGUGGCCAUUUUCCAAGAACUUUAAGUCCACUUGUAAAUCAUAGUGGGGUAAAAGUUGGUUCUCCAGCUUUACUCCAAGGUCCACCCCCUCCCCUCAUCCCUUCAUCUUCUACUCCCACAAACAGAAGUCAUUCAAACUCACCUGCAAUGACAAAACUUAAACCACCCAACAGCUCUGAUCUUGACAAAAGAGACUCUUUUUCUAGUUCUAACAUGGAAGGACAUGGCAGGUAGCAGGAGUAGAUUGAUCUGAUUUUAACUUUAUAUCCCAGUGUGUGGCAGCUGAUCAUGACAAAGUAGUUUUUUUUCCAAAAGAUCUCUAUUAUUACUACUCAAAUUGUGAACUAUACUUAUGUAUUGAAAAAUAAAAUGUUUGUAGGUUUUCCUUGUGAAAGUCAAGUAUGUGUUGAUUUGUGUAAUGCUGAACUGAUUUGAUAGAAUGAGAAAGAAAAUUUGUUGCAACAAUUUCUUUAAGGUAAAAGCAAACUCUGAAACUUUUCACCUUGAAAUUUUAAUUGUCCAAACAAUCCAUGAACAUGCAAUUUUUCUAUUGUAUAUCAUAUAUUUUUUUUUAACCUUGUUAUUUGAAGCCAUGUAGUAUGAAAAUUGUCUGAAAGAAAAUGGAGAAAUUAUGUUAGCACAUGCAGUGUGUUGGUUCAUGGCAUGAUGCUCAUCAAUGGUGGGAAGUUUUGCAAAUCAUUUUUUCUUAAAUUAUAUUUGUUAUGUUUGUAUACAAAAAAAUCUUUAUAGCAAAGCUUAAUGCAAUAUUUCAUGCGAACUACAUUUUUACACCAGUAGCAUCCAAUGCAAUACUUGAUUGCAACCUAACAUUUUCCACAUUUUAUGUACAUGUACAUAUGUAAAGAUCUAUGAUUUAAAAAUAAGUAUUAGUUUUAGAACUUGCUUUUGUCACACAAGUUUGGGGUAUUUUAUACAUAAUAGCAUGUUUGAUACUUGCAAGUGAAUUUUUUUUAAGUGUCUGGCUUCCUCAUUACAAGUACUGUACAAUCAAAUAUUUCUAUGGGGUCAUAUUUUUGUGAUUUAAAAAAUAAUAUGGCAUGUUUUCAAGUUUUGAUUUUCUUGGUUGAAUGGAUACCAUUCUUUUUGAUAGUCUAAUAUGUUAUGUGAUUUAACAGUUUUUGUCUGUACCAUGAAAAAAAACCCUAAAAACAAACAAACAAAAAUAUAGAACCUCAUGAAAAUUUAUGAUUUACAUUAUCAAACAGAUGGAGAAAUCACAAAAUGCUUUUAAAUGAUUUGUAAUUUCCACUGGAUGCACAUCUUAUACAUGUAUGUCAAACUAUAUAAGAAGAUAUAUAUUCAGCUUGCUGGUCAAGCUGUUUCAACCAAUCAAAACAGUUAUUUGAGAAAUAAAUUUUGCAUUUUAUGAAAUAAAUGCAGAUCUAAUCUUGUGAAAAUGUGCUCUGAGCAAGGAAUGUUUGUUUGGUAGAAAUUGAAAUGAUUUAAUAAGAAAUGUCAAGACAUUUCUGGAAAAAAAAACUUGCUUAGCAGUUAAAUAAUUAAAUACAAUAUAAUUAUCACAAGCCUAAUCCAAAGUAAUAUAUCAAAUAAAACACCAUUCUAAUAUUAUUAGUGCUUGAAAAACAAAGAAUUGCAGUGCUGUUAAGGUACCAAUGUAUCUGACAGCUAUUGAAGUUAUGGACAGUGUAAAUAUUGUACUGAUAUUAUUUUUAUUGGUGUUUGCAUAUACAUACUUAUAUGUCAAUGUAUAAUCACAAACUUUUUCAGUUUUUACAAACUGAAACCAAAAUAAAAUUGAAACAUUACAAUA